CGAUGCAUGCAAAUGAGCGUGAAAUGCCCGUCAAGUGACUUAAGCCAGCAACAAAUAGGAAAGCAAAGGGCGGCAGUGUUGUUUUCACUCAGGAAGGAAAAGACAGCAGCGAGCACUGAGAUGGGUGAGAAUCAGUCCCGGCCAGGGAUGCUUGAUCCGGAUCAACGUCUGGCCUACCGCGGCCAAGACGCAACCAGUCGCUCCUCUUCCUCAUCGGCAAACAGGAUGCACGACCAAGACGGCAACUCCAACUUCCUGAGAUCCAGAGGAGAUGAAAACCAAAACCCGCAUCGCCCCAGCAAACUGGGCCUUCUCAGCCCCGACUCUAAACACUCAUCCGGCAUCCUGUCGCCCCGUUCGCGCCUUCCCUGCUGGAGCACCUUGGAACCCCUUCCCGAAAUCGAAUACGGCGACGACGGUUACGGCCGAGUGCCUCCCGACGGCGCCGAGGAACGGAGAAUGGUGGAAGAAGAAGGUAAGGAGAAGGAUCCGAAAAGAAAAAGCAGCCACCGAGGUCGCCAAGAUCUGGAAGAGAUGAUGAAGCUGGAAAACGACGACGAGUGGGGCGACAGCGACUCCGAGUCGGACUCCGGCGGGAGCAUGUCUUCCGUCCGACUGGAGCGCGGCGGCGACUGGUUGUCCACCGGAGGUCUGGAACGUAUGACGGUCGGAGAUCACAAGGACUGGGAACCCCCCAGGAGCCAAUAUCGAGAACCCCCUGGGAAACGGAGAAGCUUCAGCCGCGCUUCCCUGUCGGGGAGUCACCUCGAAGACCUCCUAGAAGAAGGAACGGAGAACCGUCACGAGCAGUCGUCGGAUUCCGACGGCGAGCUACCGGAGAUGAUGGACGCCGUGUGGACGCUGCGCGACCGUGAGAGGUUCAAGGCCCAGGAGAUGGAGAAGCACCAGGUGCAGCUGACCAUGUACCGCCGGUUGGCGCUGAUCCGAUGGCUACGCACGCUGCAGGGUCGCGUGGAGGAGCAGCAGAACCGCUUGCAGUCUAGUUUCGACGUCAUCCUCACGCACAGGAAGGAGCUUCUGCGUGUGGGCGCCGCCAUGGUAAACGCCGUCGCGCCCACCGCCACUGUGGGACAGUCGUAGGAGUAUUGGGUGCACCCGGCGAUCGGCGGUCGAUCCAUUUUAAGCCCCUGAUUGGGCGUCUAUUGCCGUCAAUGGUAGACAGUGAGUUUAUUGCAACUAGGGUUGCCGCAAAUGCAGAUUUUGAUAGACGAUUAAUCAAAAAUUGGAUAGAAAGAUUUGUUUUUUCUUAUUAAAUCAGUUUUUAAUCUUUCUUUUUUCAGUUAAAGCAACACUGAAACUUUUAAACUUUUAUCAAAUAUUUUCAUCACAUUUGUAAUGAUAUGUUGACUGACAACUAGAUGAAUGACACUUCUUUUAUAUCUUUAGGGGGUCUGUAUCGCUUUUACCGGCACUAAUUAACUUUGAGGAGUGUGGCAGGAACCCUUGCCACACAAAAAAACUACAAAUAUGCUGACUGCUUUACGGCAUACGUCGCUUCCCCAUUUCCCCAUUCAUUAUAAAGUCGGAAGUCAAUGCUAAUGGUUUCGCGUAAAUUCUGCAAAGUUGGCAGAGCAACAGAGACAAAAAGUUUUAUCUUAGGAGGAAAAAGAAAGGGCGGCUACCAGGAUAUACAGAAUAAACAAUGGCCCGGCUUUCACUCGCUGGCGUGACCCCGGCGCUGACGAGUUUGGGUGGGGUGGGGGGGACAGCCACACUAAGCCAGACGGUUGUUAACUUUCAUAUGCAGUGUUGUUAAUCUUACUUUAAAAAAGUAAUUAACUUAAAGAAUUCAGCUGUUUACAUUUAGAAUCUGGUUCUAUAUACAUGCUAUCUCUACCGUAGCAUCAUGUGGGCGUAGUUUGUAGGCUAUCGGCUACAGUCAGGUAUUAUUGGAGCCAACUAGCAACGUCGUCACAAGUCCCUUCCCUCCUCCCCACUCCCGCUCUGCUCUCUCCGCGAGUCUGUGUCUCUCAGACUUUUCGCGCAUCAUUCAACCAAAGUAGUAACGCACACCUUUACAUCCUCAGUAACAGUAACGACAUUGCGAAGAUGAGAAAAGUAAUUUAAUUAGAUGACUCACUACUGAAAAAAAAAUACCGUUAGUAACACCGUUAUAGUGUAACGCAGUUACACUGGUCAUAUGCUAUUGUUUAGCUACAACUGGAUUCAUUAUCUUAAUACUUUUCAUCCUUUACACAGCCCCUGGAAACAGAAAUGUUGUUUAAUCCACCUGCAGGCGACCAUCAUGAUUUUACGACACUAUGCUGAUGUGUGCUGGUCCUCAUGGGAAACAGUCUUCCUAAAGGCAAAACACUACCGCUUUUGUCCACCGGCGCCGCUAAAAUUGACUAAAACUAAAAAGUUACCAAGUGUUGCUUUAAGAGCAGAUUUUCAAACGUAUUUUAAAAAUGAAUAAGGAUAAUAAUUAGGUUUUUAUUUAAAAUAUCUUUUAGAAAAGAAACCAGUAAAAAUAUAAAAUACUUACUGGAGGGAUUGUUUUUAUUUAAAAUAAUAUUUAAAAAAUCAAUAAUUAAUAAUUACUAUUUUAUUUUCAUUUUUAGUUUUUUUUUUUAAUUCAGCAACAAAUAAAUACAAACAAAUAUGCAAAAUAAAAGUAUUUACAAUUUUGUUCUCAUUCGGUUUAUAUUAAAAAUAUUUUUUAAAUAAAUAAAGAAAAUAUUUAUUGUUAUUUAUUAUAUAUUAUUUAUUUUUAUUUUAUUAUUGAUUAUUAUUAUUAAUAUUUUUUUGUUUUAAAAAAAUACAAUUUCUAUCUUUUCGGUGUCUUAUUAAAAAUGUUAAACAAAACUUAAAUAAUUAAAUAAGAAAACAUUAAAAUACUCAAAAGAGUAUUUGGACAAUUUUUUAAAAAGGCAAGAACAUUUUGAAACGAUUCAUCGACUAUCAAAAUACUGAUGUCAUGAACUCUUUUGCGGCAGCCAUAUUUGCAACUCUACUGUCAUUCAAACCAGGAACUUCUCGCUGCGAGUCAGAUUUGCUCACCGCUACUCCGAAUAUCUCAUACCAUGAACUCCAAACAAAGUAAACGCCUACAUCAGAUAGUAUCAUUACCUUAACUCAUUAUCCGCAGAUGAGUUUAUUUGCACACUGUGACGUCAUAUCAAUGUGACAACCCCCCAAAACAUUUUCACUUCGAAAUGCACUUUGAAAAUUUAUCGUUGACAUAAUCUGUAGAAAAACAUGCGUUUGUGUGAACGUGAACGCAGUUCGCUUCACUUUCCGUUUCAUGUAUACUCUCAUAUCGCUCAAAGUAAAGACCUAUAUCAGAGAUUAUCACGUAAAUUUGCACAUUUUAAUGUCCAAUCCAUACAAAAUCUGUGUGUCUUGAAGUGGUGAAAGCCUCAUUGUUUGUCAAAAAACAUCCAGUGAUUUCGUUCUGUGUAUAAAAAUAACUCUUUACAAAUCGUUAAUAAAUAUAAUCUGAACCUCGCUCCUGUGUUGUUUGUGCUAAUCUUUCCAUUUAGCACACAGCCUCCAUUUUUGCUUUUAAUCAGCAUGUUUAUGGAUGUUCUGCUCUAUCUGCUGCACACACUGUAAUCCCGCCUCGGGGAAAAUGUCCUUUUUAGCUCACAAUUGCCUCUUUGUCCCGCGAAUAAAAGUUUCUUUGUGAAGGGGGUCCAUCACACGGGCCCGGGUCGAGAGUGUGAUAGCCGUGUGAGGCCUGUUGCCCUACGGCAACUGUGCGGAUCAUCCCGCCUCUCUGUUGGCGGAGAUACCGCCAUCUUUGGGGAAGUUUAAUCUCAAGUGCAGGGGAGAGGCCAAAACCUGGGGGGGCGGUUUUUGCAUAUCGAUCCCCCGGUUUGUCGCUUGUUGAGGAUUUGUUGAACACUAAACAGAAUUUCAAGGUAGGCUCGUGGUAAAGAUAAAGAUUUGUUUUUGUUUUAUAAAUUGCACUGUUGGUUGAAAUCAGAUUAGUUCAUUGACUCCCAAUGGAGUAAACGUCUAUGGGGAGAACGAAUACCAUAAAUUUCGGACUAUUAGCCGCUACUUUUUUCCUUCACUUUGAAUCCUGCGGGUUAUAGUCCAAUGUGCAAUUUUUUGGGGUUAAUAGGUAACACUUCAUAUAACAGCGGCAUCAUAAGA